AUGCAAAACUACAAGAAGGUGAAGGUAUCUGGGAUACCUGAAAAAGAACGAAAGGAAGCGUUGAAUGAGGUCAAAGUUCUGAGCUCUUUGCAACACCCAAAUAUUGUAAAAUAUGUUGACUCUUUCACGGAAGGAGGAAAGUUAAAUAUUGUAAUGGAAUAUGCAAGCCAAGGAGAUUUAUAUGAGAAAAUUAAGUUACAAAAAUCGACCCUUUUUCCUGAAGAGAAAAUACUAGAUUGGUUCAUACAGAUAUGUAUGGCUGUAAAAUAUAUUCAUGAUAGGAGGAUUUUACACCGAGAUUUGAAAACCCAAAACAUAUUUAUUGCGGCUGAUGGAACGGUUAAGCUUGGUGAUUUUGGAAUUAGCAAGGUUCUGCAGUCGACCAUGGAAUGUGCAAAAACUCUAGUUGGUACUCCUUAUUAUUUAAGCCCUGAACUAUGUCAGGAAAAACCAUAUAACAACAAAUCAGACGUUUGGUCACUAGGAUGUAUUUUAUACGAGCUGACAACACUCAAACAUGCAUUUGAGGCAAAUAAUAUGAAGGCAUUGGUGGGUAAAAUUUUGAGAGGUACCUAUCCCCCUAUUAGUGCAACAUAUUCGGCAGAAUUGAGAGAUCUUGUAGCGAAGAUGCUCCAAAAAGAUCCCAAAGAUAGGCCGAGCAUCAAUUCUGUACUCAAAGUGCCUUUUAUCCAAAAACGAAUGGAGUUUCUUCUUGCGAAAGGAGAAUCAGAAAUGAGUGGUGAAAAAAAAGGUUCUCCAUCUGUCUCAAUAAUUUCAGAUUCCAGCAACUCCAAACCUCCAGCAACACCAUCCACAGCCCUUAAAGAUAACAAGGUUUUUGCAAAUAAUGGAAUCAACAACAAAAUGCCUAUUAUCGUUAACAACAAUCCUCCUCCACCUCUGCUAGCAAAAUAUAACGAAAAAGACAUCAAAGUUCCAUCCAGCAAACUGCCCUCAGCUGCUCCUUCAAAAAUUAGUAACUUGGCAGACCAAAGAAAUUUAGAAGAAAAAAAGAAGAAAAGGCCUUGCUCGAACAGCAAAAAACGACAACAAGAAGAGGAGCAACGGUUAAAAGAAAUUGCAGAGAGAAGACGAGAGUAUGAGUUAAGACAAAAACAAUAUUUAGAAGAAAAGCUGGAGAAAGAGCGACGAUCUAUUUACGAAGAAGCAAGAAUUAAUGCAUUAAGAAACAAAAUGAGGGUUAAGCAAGACGAAGAAAGUGUUUACAACCACAACUACCUCAACAUAUAUCUUCCACAGGAUAAUGUACCUCCAAAAGAAAACAAGAUCAAGAAAGAUGAGGAUCUUAAAAAGAAGGAAGAAGAAAAACUAGCCCAAUUUAGAAAGCAGCAAUACUGGGAUAUCAGAAAACAAGCAGAGAUGAACAGAAAACGAGUAGAGUCCCAACUAUUUGAAGGAUCAGAGCCAGAAAAGUCAGAAGAGCCAUCUGUUAAAAAAGAUGACAAACUGUCGCUCGCCGAAAGACAGUUGUUGGUAGAAGAAAAAACGAAGGAAGGAACGAUUAUUGAGACUGAAAGGAAAUACGUAGUAAAUAUGAACAAUGCAAUAUUAAUAUCCAUGAAAAACGUGGUUGGAGAUAUUAAGAAGAAUUAUGCCAAUGAUGACGAUGAUAUUUUUACAAGUCAGGAGCAUAACUCAAAUACUCCAGGAGACGCUCUUCCUCAAAAGUUCAAGCUCAUGGGCAAAACACUUCAAUUAGAAAAUGCCAAGGAAAAUGAUUCUCUUAACUUUAGAAUCGAAGCUUUACGAAAAUAUCUUGAAGAGGCUCUUGGAGAUGAUGCCCUGAUUCGAGUGUACAAGCUGUUACGAAGGGAUGAUGUGGCCGAGGGACUAAUCGAGAAAGAAAUUCAAGAGCUACUCGGAAGCAAGCAAUCAUAUUUACCUCUUGUGCAUCAAUUAAUAUUUUGUGAAGACAUUCUGAAUGAAAACCAAAUCAGCUAA